AUUUUCCUCCGUCACCGCGUUUUACGCGUGCGCUCCCGAGCCUGUCUUCCGCCGGCUCUUAUAGCGGCCGCGGCCGGAGCCCUGGAGGGAUUGAGUGACCGAGCAGCGACCUAGCGAACGGAGACGUGGGCCGGCAGCUCGAAGUCUUCGGGACACCGACGUCGCAACAUGGGGGCCCCGCUGUUGUGGCUGCUGGGGACCGUGUUCCUCUGUGCGCGGGCCACCUCCGGAACCGGAAGUCACGUUUGGACGGCUGUCGAUGUUUCUGCUCAUAGAACACUGCUGACCUGUAAAUUGAAUAAAACUUCAACUCAAAUUGAGGGUCAUCGUUGGCUGAAGGGUGGCAAAGUGUUGAAAGAAGAUACAUCGGAUAGUACAGUCACAGAAUAUGAGGUUUUGUCAGAUGAUAAAUCUGGGGAAUAUCAAUGCGUUUUUCUUCCAGAACUUGCAGGAAAAGCUGAUGUACGAGUAAAAGGUCCCCCAAAGAUUGUGGUUAGCAAGAAGUCAGAACAUGGGAAUGAGGGAGACUCGAUAACUCUUACAUGUAAGAGUUCAUCUUAUCCCUCCAUCAGUCAUUGGACUUGGUACAGACAAUAUGAGUCUGGAAGUAGUAUGAACAUUGUAAAUGGUAGUGAAGGGAGGUACUUUAUAACAGAGACUCCUGAAAAAACAGAGCUACAGAUUCAAGCAGCAGAUUUGGAGAAGGAUCCUGGAAAAUACAUCUGCAACGGCACCAGCUCCGAGGGCUCUGAUUCUGCUGAGAUUACUGUGAAGGUCCGCAGCCGUUUGGCUGCACUCUGGCCCUUCCUGGGCAUUGUGGCCGAGGUGCUGGUCCUCGUCACCAUCAUCUUCAUCUAUGAAAAGAGGAGAAAGCCUGAUGAUAUAGAAGCUGAACCCCCACGUGAUGAGGAUGGCGGGUCUGCCCCACUGAAAAGUGGCGUGUCUGCAAAUGACAAAGAGAGACAGAACGUUCGUCAGAGAAAUGCCAACUGAGCGAAGGUGACUUCUGAUGAAGACCUUGCCUGGACGGAUGUGUGUGUGUUUCUUUGCAAUGUAGCAUGGAUUAUAUUCCUAAUGUACCUUGCAAAAGUCCAAGUUGUCUUCACCAAAUUAUAGCAAACUAAGUUGUAAAUUCAAGUACUUUUUAAAAUUGUUGUGGGGGGGAUUGGGUUUUUUUUUUUAUGUUUUUGGUUUUUUUCUGUUAGGGUUUUUUUUUUUUCCCUCUACAUGUAAAUUUUUGUCCUUUGGCCACCAGUCAGUCUGGUCUUUGGCGUUAGUCCCUGGGGAUGUGGGGGUAAUGGAUAUCACAGCCUGCGUGCUUGUCCUCUUCUGGAUUUCUCUACCCUUGUUCUGGGCAAGUGAGUCACAGAACUGGGGAGUGUUCUCUUGGCAGGAAGAGUCCUUUCUUUUUUUAGAGGCCCAACUGCCAAUAAGGGAGAAGAUUCCAUAGUGGUUGGCCACAAGUUCUAAAAGAGUAGAGUGUGUAAUAUUGUCUUGUGUGGGAGGAAAGUCCAGUAGAGCAGAAUAAUUAAUCGAAUGAGAUGGCUUUCAAAAAUGGGUCCUGCUAACCUGCCUGUCUGAAGCAAUUGCUGUUUUGUCUUUAAAAAAAAAAAAACCUAUUUAAAGCCACAAGUAUUACUUGUCUUUCUUGGGAGAUGUUCAGAUGACCUUUUCUGGGUGACAAGAUCUGACCUCAGUGGUUAAGAAUAAGUGAUGGGCAAGCAACUACAAAGGUCCCUCUCGUGUUCCCUGAAUGUUCUCCCUGGCAGUGUGCCCACACUCUGAAAGGUCCCUGCAGGGAAACCUACGCCACCUGCUUGACAGAUAUUUGAGUGUUGUUAAAUUGAUCUCGAUGUUCCGAGCUUGCCAUUCAUGGCCUUUUCUUCCAAAAUGCUACCUUCCAGUUAGACCAUGUAAGAAAUGGAAUCUGAACUCUAGCAAGGGUGACUGUGAUAAUAACUUAUUGCACAGACUUAUUUAGUAUUGUGGUAGUAUCAUUGGCACAGGGAGCCAAACACACAGUAGGUGACAGGACUAUUGUGUUUUCAUAGACUAGACUGCAUAUAUGUGCACGUGACAGGCAACAGUAAAGCCUAUUCCACUUGAAAUGUUGGCUCUUCAUCCCCAUCGGCUCUAGGAACCUGUGGGUGCAUAAAUACAUGUGUAAUCUGUGCUGAUUGCCAGUGUUCCUCUAGUAUUUUGAGACACCCCUGUCUUGUUAACAUUUCAUCAAUAAAGACAUUUUUCCAUUUUCCA